CUGUGGCAGUGUGCGGCACAAGCGGCAACAUGGACUGGGUUAACAUUGUAUUGCUGACAGGAUGUCUUCUGUCAUGGAGUGGGUGUACAUCAUCUGAACAAAACAUGACCCAGCUGAUGGAGGAGGAAUCGUUACUGCCAGUCAAGGAGAGGUUCCGACGACUCAUACCCUACAUGACCUACUACCUGGACCAAGGCUACAACACACAAGCUCCCCAACAACAGUAUGUAACAGCAGCACCACAGUACGACGCAUUACCACAACAAAUCAACAACAACUUGCGUCCUCAGCAGUACUAUGUACCACAAUAUCAACCGCAGCCACAACAGAAGUAUCAGCUAGUGCCAGUCGGAUACUUGGUCGGAGGAGGUUACAGACGAGUCCCUGUCUACUCUCGACCCCAGAGUGACUACCAAUACACGCCUCAGAACCCAUCAGACCUUACCCGCAUGAUCACACAGAACUACUUGUCCAUCGCCAAGCAAGUCGCACAGAAGGACCAAAGACCGACACAGUUCACAACUAAACUACACUACGCAAAUGAAAACCCCUCAAACAAUCAACAGUAUAAAUCUAAAAACUAUUACCAACCUAGACACAGGCCUCAAAAUAUUAGACAACCUUAUAUUCAAAAAAGUUUCAGACCGACGUACUCCCCUUUGAAAGAAAACACGUACGUUCAGCUUCACAACAAUUACGAAUCAAACUUUGAGAACACCCAGAAUAUAAAGAGUUACGUUCCUGACCCUGUAAUGACGAUUACAAAAAGUCAAGAGAUUAAUGUCCCGGAGAUACAAAACGUACCAGUACAAAUACCUGUGGAGAACCAACACAUUCCGAUACCGACGACGCUUCCAAAGAUACAAAGUGACUACGAACAGUCGGUUCCUCCAGUGCCUACAGUAGAGCAGAAUAACCUGCUGGAUCUACUUGCUGGAUACCAACUUAACAAGGCUUUACCAGAGAAAGUGACACCUUCAAACAUUGGCUACAGUAUACAAACACUAACGAAUCUAUUGAAGCUGUUGCAAAAGGUCAAAGGUCAGCCGACAGGCGGAGCUUAUGUUGAGGAAGAUUAUGACAACGGAGUGAGCCCUGAUUAUUCUCCCCAGCAGACGGAGGGCAGCACGCCGGGCCGAGCUGGCAUAGACUACCCUGCGUACUCUGAAAUACCUGAGACUCACUUUACCUGCAAGAGCCAGCGAUACAAGGGCUUCUUUGGCGACCCAGAGACAAACUGUCAGGUCUGGCACUACUGUGAUCUAAAUGGUGGUCAAGCCUCCUUCCUGUGUCCCAACGGAACUAUUUUCAGCCAAGUAGCGCUAACGUGCGACUGGUGGUUCAACGUAAAAUGUGAAUCCACCUCACAGCUCUACGUUCUGAACGAACGGCUCUACAAAUACAUUCUGCCAGUGAAACCAAGCUUCCCUGAGGACUAUGCGGGACCACUUGUAGAUGAAUACCUGACACUCAAGUUUCAAGAAAUCGAGGCGAAGAAACAACAAAAUUCUACAACGGAGAAAUCACCCAACACGCUGCAAGUGCUGCUCAAUGACGAAGUCAACCAGGCAGUCAAAUGAACAGUAACAUUAGGUUAUGUCAUGUUUCGUAAUGCCAAAAAUCUGACGGUGUGAUAAGACUAAUAAUUAGAAGUGUACGAUCAUAUUAAGGGUGCUCAGAAAUGUUCAGAGUAAUUUGUGUAAAGGAUGCUAGUUGGAAUGAUUUUGUAUAAUGUGUUAAGAAAUUUAGCUUUGAGAGUUUAUCAUCCUACAGAAGAAAUUUUAGUAUACUGUAGUGCAGUGGUGGCUGCCCUCCCCCCUCAAUAAUAAGUUUUAGAGAAGAUCAAUUGACAGAUUUAUGUAAUUUUAACUAAAUUGAAAGCAUAACUCCGUGUUCUUCGGGUGGUUUAUGUCCCUUAUUUCUGAUAAACGCCGCCACUGCUUAAGUGUACUUAAAUACCAAAUUUAAAAAAUUAUCAUUCCAAGGGAAUCAAGAAUUCAAUUCUUGUAGGCUACAAUAGGUAAUGAUAUCCAUUUUAAUAAAUAAUUUUUCAAUUACAUUAUUUCCAUUCUAUGAGCAACAACAUUUUAGGCUAGUUAUUUAUAUUCAAUGUGAAAACGGUAUUGCUCAGAACUGCAUAUGAAUUUUAAUUUAUUAUGAAAUGUACUCUUUCAAUUGUAUUAUGAAAAAAAUAUUGCUAACGAGUUAUACACAAUAUUAUACUUGGACAGAAGUUUAGAAUAAUCAAUCAUAAAUAUCUAUACAACUGUUACAAUUAAAGGGCUAGGUAAACCUGUUGCAGCAAACCUGAAAAUAGUGAAGAUAGUAUUUACAUCGUAACUUUAGCAAAGUAGAUCUGUUUAACCUUGAUGGAGAAAACAAAAUUGUCAAAUCAUUUAAAUUCAAAGCGGUUUGAUACCCUAGAUUAAUUAGUUAACUGAAGGUCCAAUAACAGUAAUUUAUUAUACUACAGACUGAAAUAAGUGUGUUGUAUGUAAAUAUUUAGAGUAGAAAAAUAGUGAUAGAAUUAAAUAGUGCCCAGGCACUUGUAUGUAAGAUUUAGAUUAAGCUUAUAGCUUUCUAUAUUUAGUGCAAUAUAGAUGAAUAAGUAUUAUUCUUGCUCAGAAAAAAAACAGGAACAAUUUGAAUUAAAAAACAAACUAUGGAGUUCUACUUAAAAAUAUGAAAAUGUAAACAUCACUUAAAACUAAUUAGUUUGAAGAUAGAAAUCCACCAACUGAGCAAGAUUGUUAAUAGUUCCAAUAAAUACUCAAGUACUUCUUGCUGUAGUGUUAAGUUGUAAUUGUAUUUUGUAAAUAAACUGUUUUGUAAUAAA